AUGACUGGAACUCUCAGUUUCCGUGUACGAUCGCCUUCCCCUUCUCACCUGAUUAGACCUUCAGACUGGAGGCAGAGAGCCCGGACGUGCUCGAUAUGGGCUCCUGUCUGCACUAACCGGGGCAGGAGACUGGCAUUGUCGGCGUCUGCAAUGAACAGCAGCGGGAACAGCUUAAACUCAUUGUCUUUCUCAUUUACGGAGGUGCGUUGUUGCUGCUAUUUCUUGUUUCCGGACUCAUUUCCUGUCGCUCCUCUGAAGCAGAAUGUUAAUUUUUUCCGUGGGAUCCUCUGCAACCGUCCAGUUGAUCGCGUCCCUAAUGACUGGUCAAGACCUGACCGAAGAAGUGGCGCAAGCUUCUCUGGACCUACUGCUGAAUGAAGCCAACGAGACCCUGAUGAGUGCUUUUCUUGUUCUUCUAAGGGCAAAAGGAGAGACUUACGAAGAGGUAAGCUCUUUGGAAGACAUAUUUCCAGUUUAAAGGUAACGACCUCGGGAGGAUUUUUGAUCUCUGAUAACCUCUGGAAAUCUGCAGAUUGUUGGGUUAGCCAAGGCGAUGAUUAAGUAUAGCCAAAAAGUGGAUGGACUUGACAAUGCUGUUGACAUUGUUGGAACUGGUGGAGAUGGCGCAAAUACUGUGAAUAUCUCAACUGGUGCUUCGGUUUUAGCUGCUGCAGCUGGGGUUAAUAUUGCUAAGGUGAUGGUCCAUAGAUCCAUAUAAUACUCUGAAUGACUUCAAAUAUGCUUCCUUUACUUCAGCAAUCACAAUAGAACAGGAACUGAGGAUGCUACCCCGCUUUCUAGCAAGGAAACAGAUCCAGUUCUUCAGCAUGCGGAAGUGCUGACGUUCUAGAGGCAGUGGGUGUGAAUAUUGAUUUGGAACCUGAGGUCAGUUGGAUACGCCAACACAUUUUAUUUAUCUUGACGAGCGCGCAGUUCUGUUAGUCCCAUAGUUCAAUCCUUGAUGUGUUUCUCAUCAGUCGGCAAUCUGAGUAGACACAUCAGACGGUUGAUGUAACUUGCAUUUGAAGGUAAUAAGGGGAGUGAGAUUGCAGAGUUUGCCCUUUCUUUUUAACUGAACCCCAUAGACGGGUUAUUGUUGUCAGAGUUGGGAAAGAUCCUUAUUGGGCUCUAGCUGUUUUUACAUAAAUCUCAUUUAUUUUACACAGUUUGAGAAUGAAAGGGCAAAAGUUCCCCUUUGGAAAUGUCAAAGAAGGACGUCUCUCCUUCUAAAGUUCCUACAUUUCUGGGAAGAAAACUCCCCUUAAGUAGUUGGCAACUUCAAAAUGGAUAUCCAAACAGCCCUAGGCAAAGAAAAAUAAAAUCAAGGAAGAUUUGAAGUAUUUCAAGGAAAACUUUAUUAUUUCAUCCUUAUCAGCUGCAUCCGAAUGAACCAAGGUAUCCGAUCAAUGAACUGAAUGCCAUGUAAGAAGAAAAAACCGAAGUUUAGACAUAAAAGAGAGAAAUAUCUGCCGUAAAUUUUUGUCUCCUAUUCUAAUAACAGUAUUGUCACCUUAAUCUUGUGAGAACCUAUGAUGCAGGAAAAGAAGUCUAUAAUAGGAGGUAGCUCUGCUAGUUUUUUCUAAAAAUGAAGAGAGAAAAGAACUAGAAUCAGAAAUAUAUCUGAACAGAAUAGCUGGUGACAGUAGUAUCAGUAUAUUUCAUACUUUUAUGGUUGUUGGUGAAAUGUUGAGGCGUUCCCAAUUAGUUCAAAACGGGUCUGAAUGGGACACCAGCCUCUAAAAAAUCGUCAUUUUGUGGCAAUAAAUAUCAAUAGUUUGGAAUUCUACAGCUGGACAAUGUUCAUCUGCACAUUAUAACAGUGUUUUUACUAAAUCCGUUGCAGUGAGUGACUACCUCUUUCUAGUCUUGUGAUCAUCAUAUUUUUCAUAACGUUAGAUUUUUUGAAACGUCUGAUUUCACAUCUUUUUUAUGGAUCAAGUGCUUUCAUUCAAUUACUGUGUUCACUUAAAUAAUUGGCAUCAAUUACCCUGAGCGUGGACGAAGGUCGUUAAAAUGAUUAGUAUUGAGCACCCUGCCGUGGAUAAAUUUUGGUACGUCUCUGAUUGUCUGAAGAAACAAUGAUCCGGAGGAUAUUUUUUUGGGAGGCCAAUAUAAUGAAUUUAUCUAAGUUUAUCCUGUCAGUUUAUCAACGAAAAUCAUAUGUAUUACCUAAGUCUUUUGCUUCCAAGUUGGAAAUUUACCCCUGGCAUUGGGAUGGAUAAGAUCUGUUGUGUACAUGUAACAUUAAUGCGGUGUAUUUUUUUCCUUAUUCUCACAUUAAGACAAUGAUCAUUUUUUUUUUUGUUAAUUUUUUCUAUCUAUUCACUUUAUAAAGGAGGUACGCAGAUGCAUCAAGCAAGUGGGCAUUGGUUUUAUGAUGUCUCCUAAAUAUCACCCAGCUAUGAAAAUCGUGGCACCUGUGAGGAAAGCGCUAAGGGUAAAGACGGUUUUCAAUAUCCUAGGCCCGCUGUUGAACCCAGCAAGGGUGCCUUUCGCCGUUGUUGGUGUCUACAGUGAGGACAUUGUAAGUUGUUGACGCCGUUUUGGUUGUAGUAUGUAUACCAAGAGAUUUGUUACCCAUAAAACCUCGUAAUUUCUCCGUGUGAUUUUUAUGAUGAUUUGUUUAUCAUGCUGCCCUUAAGUUAGCUUUUCAGGAUAGAGGUAACUUCUAAUGCCAUUAACUGGGACAUGAAAUAUUAGUUAUAAUUUUUUUCGGAAAUAAAGUGCGAGCUCAUCUCUUGACUACUCAUUACUGAUAAGACCCUAAUGAUGCAUGUGAGAACAUGCCGGUUUUAUGUAUAUUUCAGAAAGCAAAAAAUGCUCGAGGAAACUCAGAUUUUAUCGAUCUCCUUGGCUUCACCUGGUGGAAUUACUUUCACUACCGUGAAGGAUAGGAUGAAUUGGGUGACCUGAGUUGUAUACCCAACUCAUUCGUUUCAGCUGCACUGUGAAAAUCGAUUGUACUGGGGGAGAAAAGGCCCACUGCUGAUCGUCCAACCAGAAGAUUUUCUGCAAUGAAUAACCAAGAAAUAAAUUGAAAACCAGAAUAUAAAGGGAAAUUAAAUAUAAAAAAAGGAGCUUGUGCAGAUAUCAUUCUUAUGGGCAGUAAAUAUUCAAUUGAUAUUUUAAUCUUCAUUCAUUCCUUUACACUAGAUUCUUAGUUUAUUUUCCCUUAAUAUUCUGUUCUUGCUGGGAUUAUUUACGGUAUUCGUGUUCUGUAGCUAGAUUGAGAAUUGAAUACGAAGAAAAGUUAUCAUUUGACUCAAUCUGCUAGUGGCACUACCUUAACAUCUCUAGAAUACCCUCGGAUAACCUGCGACUAUAUCUGUAUUUAUAUUUCUCUUAAAGUGUUCAUAGCAUUAAUUUGUUAUUACUUUAUCAAUGUGGAAAACAGGAUUUUUUAUACCCUGUCCUGAGAAGGUGGUCCUUAUAAAAUCAGGCUUAAUUUAUAUUUUCAUGAAGAAAAGGGAAAACCUAGGUAAAUGCUAUGGAGUUUGACUUCAGAUUCUGUCUGUGAUCCACCCAAUUCGUCAUUCUAAUUUUUAAAUUUCAGAAAAUGGUUACAUACGUACCACCCCACUAUAAGAAUACAUACGUGCAAAUGGAACUCUUACUGGACAAUGUUCUUCUUAUUCAUGCAGCUAAUAUAAUAGUUGAGAAUAUCAUGUAAGAAAAUUACAUCGAAAGAUUCACACAUGUGAACUUUAGAAAUGGUGCUUCUGCUGAUUUUGUGCAUGCAAAUCUGAGAAUUUUCUUUUUCUGUCUAAGGUAUAGUAACUGCGUUUGGGUGAUAAUCGUUUUUUUUUUUUUAAGAGUUUAUAGUAAAAAAUCAAGUUCUAUAGCUUAGUUUAUGGAUUCGAAACUUGUCAGUACUUUUCUCAACUACAAGCUAAACUAUUCCAUACUGUGGCAUUUACAGGUUUUGAAAAUGGCUAAGGCACUGCAAAGAUUUGGGAUGAAAAGAGCAUUAGUAGUUCAUGCUCAUGGAUUGGAUGAGAUCAGUCCUCUCGGUGAGUUUUCCUUUCUCAGGUCAUGGCUGUCAGAUGGACCACUGGCUUUCUUUCCUGUCCCAUAUACUAUCCUUCGUGUUCUAAAAAUUCAAAUCCAUAUCUACUGACUUGCACUUGCACUUGCACUCCUUACAGGACCUGGGUAUUUUCUUGAUGUGACUUCAGAAAAAAUUGAGAAGAUCUUCUACGACCCAUGUGAGAUAUUCGGAGAACUGCUUAAGGAUAAUAUUAAUUAUAAUUUUUUUUAAAAGAUAUUUAAAAAUGCCCUUCAAUAUGGUUGAUUUGUGCUGGGUCUGUGAGCAUCUCCUGACCUAGAAUCUGGUGAAACAGUGGAUUUCGGGAUUCAACGCUGCACUCUAUUGAGCUUGAAAGGGGGCGGCCCUGAGUUCAAUGCAGGAGUUCUAAGGAAUGUGCUAUCAGGCGAAAAGGGGCCGAUCGCAGAUGCCUUUGUAAGUCUUAUUCUUUUAAUAUCCUCAAAAUUAUCUCAUUAUUUUGUUCAUAUUCUUCAUUUUCAUAUGUUUUCAUGCCGUCCUUGUUUGUUGUUUGCGAAAGUAAAAGCGAUUGGAUCAGUUCCAUUAGAAGAGUAGCUUGGUAAUCUGUGAGAAGGAGCAUAUAGAACAAAGUAAAUCUGCAGAAAAAAAAUUAAAAAAAAUAUAAUACUCCCCCCAGAAAUUACAACUCCCAUCCAAGGAUUAUGGGAUCAAAGAAAAAAAAAAAGAAGAAAAAUGUCACUACCAUUUCCUCAUUUGAUCGAUUUUCCUGGGAAAGAGAAACCAAUCAUCUAAGUUCAGUGAACAUUUUUAUCUUAAUAUAAUGCUAGAAGAGGGUUGUUCACUUUCUUGUCAGCUGCUCUGAAUCGACGCCUUUCAUCAUUGACUGUUCUAAUGCAGUUCUAUCUUUGGCAAGAAAAUGGCGGUGAUUCAAUCAGAGUCAACAGUGAGCGUUGAAACAAAAUAAAUGGGUGGAGCAUAUCAUCCUCAACAGACAAACCCAAAUCCUAGAACAUUGUCUGAUCUUCCUCUCUUUUGCCAAAUUCUUCUCGGAAUGAGAGUCUCUCCUGGGCCCAAUCGGGAGGCUAGUCAGGGCUUAUCGGCCCAUCGAAGCCCAUAAUCAUAAGCCACGAACUCUGCCUUCCUCAGAUAUUGGAAGAGAGAAUUGACCUUACCUUUCUCUGGUCAACUAGAUCCUGAAUGCCGCAGCCUCUCUGUUGGUGGGCGGCAGCGUGGGCAGCCUAGCCGAAGGCGUGAUGCUUGCCCGGGAAGUUCAUCUCUCCGGGAAAGCCAUCGAGACUUUGGAUCGGUGGAUUUAUCUCUCAAAUGUAAGUCGAAUCACCCACCCAGAUUCCUCAUCCACCGCGUGAUUCACAUCGUGUGGCUGUAACGUGGUCAUAAUCAUCUACUGCCCCCACCCUCCCAAAAAAAAAGUCCUUUUUUUUCUGACUUUUCUCCGCCUGUUUCCCCUCGCAGAACCUCGAGGCAAGAAGCUUGUAGGCCCCACCCAACCCUCAGCUCCUACCGGUAGGUUCCCAUUUUCAGGGUUAUGAUAAUUUUUAACUUUAAUUGGGAUGCUUUAAUUAUGAGGAUAAUUAUUAUAUGCCUGCGAAUUAUAUGAAUGGUUAUUUUCUCUAAGAACAUUAAGCUUGUAGGCCAUGAUCUUCAGCUCCUGCAGAUAGGAAAUUAUUUUCUGGAUUUAUGUUAA